UUGGGUUGUUCUUUGUGAAGUUUAUGUUCACUCGCUUUUGGUUUGUAUGGUCUUUAUGAUUAACUCGAACACGCGUUUCGCCGAUAGAAAUACGUCACUUCACGAUGUCUACCGCAUAGAAAGUUAAUAGUGACUUUACAAAAAAUACGUGUGUCCGAAACGCGAUACAGUGUUUUAUGCCAUUCGGAGAUUGUGUACCGAUCUUGCUGUGUUUUACUGAUGGGUAAAAGUAUAUCUUCGCCAAGGAAGGAGUGACGAUAUAUAAAAAUCAAGAACGCAAUCGUUACGGACAAGAAGGAUCGUGUACAUGGAACAAGAUCUUACAACCCCCCGCCGAUUCUUAAUGUCUUCAUCGUGAGUCUUCAGUAAUCAUCUCACGCGCAAAGACGCGCGCGGUUCUGCUAGUCUCAAGAUCGACGUAGUGAAACCAAGGAUAGAAUAAGAAGGAUAAGAAAAAUGGGGUUGCCAGACGUGGAACAAGCCAAAAGGCGACUUCAGGACAUACUAAAACGAGCUCAGAAGUUAGAGAUACCGACGCAAGACGUAAUCUCGACGAGAACAGCGAGAAAACUGCUCGCCAGGUCGCGCAACGCUCUGGCGUGGACUAUUUGGAUCGGCGUGUUCAUAAUCCUGCUAAGCGGUGUCGUUUACGCACACUGGCCCACACAACAGGACGUGGAGACCGUGAGGACUGUACUUAGGCGAACGUGUUCCAGUACAGCUUCGGGCGAUUUUUCGGAACGAAUAGCUGCGCUUCUACAAUCGUCUUCGACUCAAGAUGAUUGCUAGUAGUGUAUCCUACACUAGAUACCCCUUGACAGCCCUUUCUUCCGUGGUCCAGAAUGCCGACAAAAGGAAGAAGGAAGAGUGACAUCCGAGGGAAAAUCGACACGUGCGGCGCGUUUUAAGAAGUUUUUGUCGAGCUAAUCUGUAAGCUUUAACGCGUUCUGAGGCAACGUCUCUCUUCUUUAGGCUUAAGACUCGUUCUCUUUUUAUCGCGGACAAUACUGUGGAAUACAACGUAUACAAAAAACACAUAAACAUGAACACAUGAAAACAAACAAACUGCAAUUUUCGGUAGAUUUUUCAUGUUGACAAAAAGUACUCCUUUUCUCGAGACUCUUCUCUUUUGAGCGAGAAAAUUUUAUUUACAAUUA